CUUCCGGGGGUGGGGGGAGACUGUCUACCCCAGCAGCGGAGAUGGACAGCGUCAGGCUGACGUCCGCCCCACAGACCCGAGGGGCCGUGGCCACCAUGGCGUCCGGCGGCGCUCGCGGGAUGAUGCAGCGCUGGGAGCUGCUCCUCAGCGCCGUCGCGCUGUUCCUGCUGCUGCUUUCGGCGGCCGCGGCUCAGGAGCCGUCAGGAGCGGCUUGCUCUCAGAACACUAACAGAACCUGUGAGGAGUGCCUGAAAAAUGUCUCCUGUCUUUGGUGCCACACCAACAAGGCGUGCUUGGACUACCCGGUGAGCAGGAUCCUGCCGCCCAGCUCCCUCUGUAAGCUGAGCUCUGCACGCUGGGGCGUUUGCUGGGUGAACUUCGAGGCGCUGAUCAUCACGCUGUCGGUGGUGGGGGGUGCCGUCCUCCUGGCCGUGGCCGUGUGCUGCACCUGCUGCUGCUGCCGGAAGAACAGGAGCCGGAAGCCGGAUAAGAGCGAGGAGAAGGCCGCACGGGAACGCGAGGAGCGCAGGAUCCGGCAGGAGGAGAGGAGAGCAGAGAUGAAAUCAAGACAUGAUGAAAUCAGAAAAAAAUAUGGUUUGUUUAAAGAAGAAAACCCAUAUGCCAGGUUUGAGAACAACUGAGAGCGCACCCUGCCCCGGGACGCGGCGCCGGUCAGCGGAGCCCCUGCCCCACCGAGGCAGGCCUGCCGAGAGCACAGCGCGCGGCCGCCCGCACACCUGCGAGCUUCUGUCCCCUUCUCUGUAUCUCUACUCGGUCACUCGAGACGCUAAGCCUGUCGGGGGGUGGGGGUUGGUUUUGGUUUGGUUGUUAAUUUGAGGAGGAAAGACAAACAUUGCACCACUGUCUCAGUCGGUAAGCCACCUGCAGGCGGAGCCGCCCACCUCUCCCUCCGUGCCGGCGGCGGGCUGCCCACGGCGGGGCAGGAAGGGCGCCUGUCACCCGGCCGCUGCCCCGUGAGCCCAGCGGCGUGUCCGUGCGGCGCGCUGACUCGGGACGCGCUCUCACCCCAGCCGCGCGGAACAGCACCGAGGGGGGGUCCUGCUCACCUUGGGUCUGUGUUGCGUUUCAUUUCAUUUUAAAUAAUUCUUGGAUUUCCUUCCUCCACCUAAAACAUUUCACCAAAAAACUUCACUUUUUGGACAGUUUUUAAAUUUUCAUUUGUAUCUUUACCAGAACAUCACGGUCUUCUCCCAGGGAAGACUUGAGUAACAAAUGAAGCUUGAAAGCCGCCUCUCCGCACCGCAGCACUGAUGUGGAGCCGCGGGGCCCGGGGAGGCCGCUGCCGCCCUGCUCUCACCUUCCUGCCCGUUGACAGCGGGUGUCAGGCCGUGUGUGCAGCGCACGAGCCUCUCGUGCCUGUCAGGCUGGCUGCACCGCGGUCACUGAGGGGCCUGGGUUGUCCCCAAAGAGGGAGGGACCGAGCACCGCGGCCCCCCUGCGGGGCUCUGCCCACCGGGGAGGCGGGUGUCCAGGUCGGCGGGAGGGAUUUCCGCGUGCUUGUCAGACCAGCCCCGUCCUGGAAGCGUGCUCCUGGGGGCGUGUGGUGAGAAUCCUGCAGAGGCAGCUUCUCGGGAGGCUGUCCGUGGCCUCCAGGCACACCCCACCGUGGCUUCUGUGGCCGUUCCGUCCCUUUCAGAUCGAGAUCUAGGACGGCAGUGAAUAGACUGCUUCGUGUGAGGGGCGGCAGCAAUGAUGGACCUGUGUGAACAGCCUGCCUUCAGUCUGAAAAUAGGCCCAGGUGCCACACUGCUUCGGAGUAGGAAGACGUUUAGCUUCGGGAAAGCGGGUCGACAGGCACCUACAGAAACGACGUAUUCGGCUUUCGUGCUUGUGACCCUGCAGAGACCGCUGUCUCAGGCGUCCAGUCAGGUGCCCGCCAUGUCGGCCUGUGCUGUCCUGGAAUUUCCACAAGCUGGGAAACUAACCUCUACGAACUCUGUUACUAUCUUUCUGACUUCUUGGGCAUUUGGUAGCAAUUUAAAGUACUAUGAAACAUUCCCAAGUAUUUUAUAGCAGCCUGCACAUUUUGUCUUACUGUUUAUUCAUAAGAGAAACUUUGUAACAGACUUCAGCAACCUUAGUAUUAACGCAGUAGUACUCCGUAAGCUUGCACUGUGUCUUGAUUCUGGGUUGCUGAGCUCCCCGUUUUUCCAUACCGUGUAUGUAAUCCCAUCACGGGGUCCUGAGCCCACACCAGGCGGUCUGGAGGGCUGUCGUAGUCCCUACGCUUUUUUCUGAAAUAGUCCUAAGAGCAGCCAUAUAUUGUAACCUCAAGGAAACCAGGAAGCUCGGAGUGCCUUAAUUUUAACCAGUUUCCGAAAAAUGGUUUAAUACACACUUUGUUGAAUACA